UCUGUAAUCCUGACGGAGGCAAACAUCUCCAUCCUCCUCCUCUCAACCCCCUCCUCUUCCUCUCAAGACUGAGGAUGAGUAAUCCAGCCGGUGAGGGAGGGGAGACGAGAGAGGUGCGCACACAGUGAGGUGAGAGAGAGAGAGAGAGAGGGGGAGGAAGGGAGGAGACCAUUGCAUCAUCACCGCCAUCAUCAUCAUCAGUGAACGUGCAAAACGACAGAAUUCAAAAAACCGUCCUGCUGAGCCGAGUCUGAUCGGAGCAGGCUAAUUCCUGAGCACUCACUGCCAGCGCAGGAGGAAGGAACCGGGAGAGCAUCAUCUACGGCAGCCGGAUUUCACUGAAACACCUGGACCACACUGCUGAGUGAGCAAAGGAUUUAUAUUUAACCUCCUUACAUCUGGCUGACCCACAGGGAUGAGGCUAAUUCGUGGAUUAAACGCUGAGUGAGUCAUCCUUUCGUUUGGAGGACAUGGUCGUACCCCAAGAAGCAACCAGCACAUCUUCCUGCCCCCUCAACAUGUAACCAUCCAGGGACUGAGAGCGGGCUAAUAUCUGGAUCCAUCACAGUGACGGGACUCACUACUGUCCGUGUUGGACACACUCCUCUUAGGACCUGGUGUAUCAGUGUGUCGGCAUGUUUUGCUUCUGCCUGCAGAGUUCCCUGCUUAAGCUCCAGGCUCUGGAUGUGGAGGGAGGGUCCUCGCGGGGGACGUCCCCAGAGGAGAGCCCCUCUGCCCUGGGCAGCAAGGAGCAGAAGAGCCCCUGCGUCCCCGUCGAGUUGGGGGGGAAGGACGGGAGGACGACAGCUCUCUGCCACAGAGCCCCAACAGAUGAGAACCACCCACCAGAGCUCCUGACGGUCCUGACCAGACCUUCACAACUCCCCAGACACCAGCCGUUAGCUUCCAUCCAUCCCAGCCAGCAGCCCCAGGUCUCCGACGGGACAUUGUCCCCCAGUCCUCAUCAUUCCCCACAGAGGAGCAGCCCUGGGGGUGAGGUUGGAGGAGGAGGAGACGGAUCGGAGGGGGGAGGAGGAGGUGGAGCUUUCCUCCAGCUGCUGGCAGGCCUCCCCAGCCCCCUGCCCUCCCCACGCUGCUGCAGCCCCAGCCUGAGGUUCAACUCCGACCCAGAUACAGCUCCCUCACCGCCCUGCAGCCAGCAGUACAUGCUGUGCAGGAGUCUAGGGGACAGGACUGAGGUUUCAGAGGACGAGUGUCCAGCGUCCAUCCCUUUCCUCACCCGACACAUUCAAAGCCUGAAGAAGAGGGUUCGCAGGUUUGAGGAUCAGUUUGAGCAGGAAAUGAACUACAAGCCGUCCCACAAUGAUAAAUAUUCAAGCCCGGAGAUGAUCAGAGUAAUGAGUGAGCUGGCAAAAGCUCGCAAACAACUUAAAGAGUUGAGACUUCGACAGUCGGUGUUUGAGUCAAAGGAGCAGGAAUCCAGCGAAACAUGCAGAUCAGGUUCCGGUCAGCAGGGGGCGUCGGACCACAAACCAUCUCUAGAGGAAACUGUGGAGUCUCUGUUCAGGCGGCUGAGAGAGAAGAGACAGUCUCUGGGUCUCCCUGACAACAUGAAGGAGAUGACGCAGGCGCAGAUGGUCCUGGAGAAGAUCACACUGCAGAAAUGUCUGCUGUACUUUGAGAGUGUUCACGGCCAACCAGGAACGAAGCAGGAGAAGAACCUGGUGAAGCCUCUUUACGACCGCUACCAGAUGAUCAAACGGUUACUGUGUGCCACCCCCACCAUCACCACUAUAGAGGAAGAGGAGGGCUCAGAUGAAGAGUCUCUGACCUCCUCGGUGGUAAGUGAUGUUCUAGUGCCGCCUUCUUGCAGAGCGACGUGGCCAGCUGCCAACGAGGAGGACAGCGACCGGGACAGCGACCCGGCCUUCGUGUCCCCAAUAGACGAGGUGAAAGCCGUCCGUCAGCACGGCGCUCUCACCACGGCCAACCUGCAUGAAGCGUCCAGGUCUCAGCUGCUGGAGUGUUUGCGCCAAACCAGAGCUGAGAAGAAGAUCAGGAGAAAAGUUCUGAGGGAAUUCGAGGAGGAGUUUUACCGUCAGACCGGGCGAGUCUGCCAGAAGGAGGACCGCACUCCGAUAAAGGAGGAAUACCAGGAAUACAAACAGCUCAAAGCCAAACUGCGGCUGCUGGAGGUUCUGCUUAGCAAACAGGACGUCAAUCAAAACCCCUGAAGGCCAACGACAGAAGUAAACUACAAAAAAAACAAAACAAAAAAAACAACUGUAUCAGAUGUUGAAAAUUAGUGCCAUACGUCAGACAGGAUAACAAUAUAUCUUCAUGACAGCGGUGUUUCGACACAAUGUUUGUUCCACAUGUUUCUCACACAUUUCUGAUGCGUUUCAAACAUGUUUUCAGGUAUUCACUCUGAUUCGUCUUCAGCGUCAGUUCAACAUAUCGCACAAGUGCAAAAUCCAUUUGCAGCGUCAUUUAUCCCACAGCAAUUUUCUGACGUCUGGACAGAACUUCCAUAUGUGUUCGCAGAGUUUCUACGGCUUGUCCAACCCGACCAUAAUCGACGGGAAACAUGUUCAUAACGUGUUUAAAAGGUUGUCCUCAUGAGGCUAGAGUGUGUUUGAAGUGUCGCCUGUGUGUGCUCGUAUGUGUGAAACUGUGUGGCUUUGUGUUCGAUGUUUUUGGCGUGAGCCACUCCUGGUUCUCCCCCCUCUGCCCUCUUAAACUGCCCUUCAGCUGGUCAGUCAAAACGCCCGGACUUUGGUCACACUGAAACUUCAGUCUGAGUGACUUCUGCUCCGGUCUAGGCCCAGUUUAAUAUGAACAAACAUUCCUUCAAUCUCAGACAUUCAUUUAAAAAAAAUAAUAAUAAUAAAGAACGAAGGGGUCGGUUUUCAUUUGGGAAGAAAGUUGCACAGAUGGUGGAGAUGCUUUUAUUUUAUUUUACCAUAUGAAGACGACCAACCUUUACUAAAAAGAAAAAGGUUAUCGGAUCCACUUUAUUCCUGGCUGUAGGAUUUACUGCAUUAGUUACUUCUAGCACAAUAAUGGCAGCUGCUUCAAAAUGCUUCAUUUUUGCACCUUUUAAGAAAUAUCACACACCAACAAGCAUGUCUCAAUUGAAUCUCGAACAUUUCUGAACAUGCAGGCAGUUUUAGCUUUCUUUGCAGAUACAAAUUUAAUCCGACAAAGCUUGGCCAUACAUUGGUUAUUUUAGAAAUGAUCACUAAAAAUAGUCUAAUGCACAACUUAUGUGCUCUUAAGUCACUUAAAAACAUUGAAAUCACUAAAUGAAUUCCAUACUAAAUAUUAUUUUUUACCAUCACUGCGACCGUCCGUCAGUAGCAGAGAAUCUGACAAGGUGGACAAAUAUUUAAUUUUAUUUCCUUAAGAGUCCAUCCCCAGUCCUGAAGGUACUGGCAUGAUGAUGAUGAUGAUGAUGAUGAUGAUGAUGAUGAUAUUCAAAUUCAAAAAUAAUUUUUCAGAUGUAAAGGCUGAUCCCACAUGUUUUUAAUCACUAUGUGCUCAAUCAGAGGCCGCUUGUCUACAUGCUAAAAUGUUAUCAAAAGAAGUUUUCAACAAUCUUGGAAACGCAUCACAGCAUCUGGGAAUAAAGUGCAUCGGUAAGCAAGUUUCUCAAAGCAGAUAAACAAAGAUUAAUAAUGAAAAGAAAGACAUAUAAAAAGUGUUAACUUAAAUAUAUAUAUUUUUAAUAACUUCACUUCAAGAUUAUAGACAGUAAAUAACAUGUAAGGUGGCACUUUUAGGUUAUUCAAUGUUUAUAGUCAAAAUUCAGUUUGCAUUCCAACAGACUGGAGAACUAAUUUGACUGUGAAGCCACAAUAGUUUUUACAUUUAUAUUUUUUUGAAAUUUUUUUUUAACAUGUGUGCCUUUAAUAAUCACAAUGGUAUUAACAAUGUUGACAUGAAGCUGUGACUCAAACACGAGAACAAUCUGUUUCGCUUUAGCUCCGGUUUAGGGAAGAAAAUAGGAUUUGUUUUUAAUCCGAAAGAGCUGCUUCCUGUUUUAGAGUAGAACCAAAAGAGGAGAAUUAUUUUUAAUUAUUCAGUUAUAUUUAGAUAUAAUGUUUGUUGCUGUUGGUGGGAAUGGUUUUGAGAAGAAAACACGGAGGGAUCCUCUGCUCCGGCAUCAUCAAUCUACCUGUGACGUCACUUUAAGUGCAGGAGGACAUCCGUUACUCAGUGUUUAAUCCGACUGCUGAAUGAACAGAGACGCAUGUUUUAAUACAUCCAAGCACUUUAAAUUUUCAAAAAGGGAAAAAUCAUUUUCACCCAAAAGCUCAAUAUGCAAACGGGUUCAAGUUGCUCCGGUGACAUUUAGUUUUCCAUAUCUUCAACGGAUGAGAGUUUCAGUUGUUCGGGGUAAGAGAGCUGACAGAUGAUCUGUAAAUAAUCUGUGAAUGUGCGAGAUGGAGAGAGAGAAAGAGGGAAAAAAAAAGGGCUUCCAGAGGCGGCAGGGCUCAGAUGUCAAACGUCACACGAGUGACGUCUGUGCGUCAGUAGAUCCCAACUGAACCAUGACGCAUUUUUACAGUUAGAUGCCGAGUAAAGCUGGAGAACAAAUCCGCACCCCCAACAAAAAAUAAACAAAAACAUUUUUACACAUCACAUGUUUAAAAAUGAAAAUGUACUCCGUUGUUGAGGAAAAGCAUGUGUAAAAUAAUCAUAAUCGAGCUUGUGGGUUCCGUUAUGUACAGAGAAACCCUGGUAGUCUUCUGUAACCCCCGAUCUCUCUGAUAAAAUGUGUUUUACUUGACCGAGGUUUAGUUGUCCGCCGACUUCCUGAAACCGCCGAAUGCACGUCAGUGUUGCUGUAGUGACCUUAUCCCUGCUGCUGUGACGAUUCAUUUUGUUCCUGUAAUGUAUAACCCUGGCUUGGCUGAGACAUUUCUAUACAGACAAGUUUAAAAUAAAUAUUUU